AUGGUCUCCAUCUCUGGGGCAUCUACUUCACCGCAGCAGAGGGUAGUCGAGAUGCUCGGUACAUGUUAUGUACUGCGGAAUGCCAACCCACCCGUUUAUGAGCUACUACAGCGUGGAAGCAUCGAUCCACUUGAUCCUACCAGACACGCUGAUGAUAUCAAUACUGUUCGAGUGGAAGCAGAGCGACCUCUCGCCAUGGCGGCGAAUGCCCGUAGGGGUUGA